AUGAGAGGAAGAAUAGUGCCUGCCAAAUUCAUGGAGCCAAAACAGAGCAUCUUGGAGAAGAAGAUUGAAGAUCCUCUGUUUUCUAAACUGGAAUCGAAUCGAAGGGGGGUUAGUCUAGGCAAGGUUACAAGAGAGAGAGGCAAGAGCUUGAGUCUUAGCCCUAAGUCGCGUGAAACUGUUUCCAAGGUCAUUGCUCCUAAGCCAGCAGCAACAACUGUAGGAACUAAGAGGAGUAUGAAGAAAGAAGAGGAUGCUCUUUCCACAAUUCAACCAAAAAGACUCUUCAAAGAUGCAGAGAAACCGGUAACAGCUAAGAGACCAUUGAAACCCGGGAGAGUCGUCAGUAGCAGGUACAAUCAGAUUCCCAGUCAAAGCAAUAAUAGGCGUUUUUCGAAUGAACAGAUGGUUGGUUCUCGCAAUAGAGAGAGCGGAGUGAAGAACAAGUGGGAAAUUCCUAGUUAA